AUGGAUUUAAAGGAAAAUUGUGUUUGCUAUAGUGUUACCUAUUUUAUCAUUCCAGAUGCCAGAAAUGGAGUCAGGGAUAUUAAACACCAGAUAGUUGCCAGUAAAGUCAUGGGGGAGGACAGCACUUGUUUUUGUAGAGGAAAGUCUAGCUGGUGUCAGAUUUGGAGUCCACCACCAUUUCCCAGGGGGAUCUCUGACCAACAGAAGAUAGAUCUUAACAAUUUCAUUUAUAAAAACAUUACAAGAAAAAAAAUAUACCAACAAUACACAAGUGAGUGUAGUGAAUGGGCCUAUCCCACAAUCAAACCUUCAACUUCAGUAUCAACUUUUAAGUUCACGCUGUCGAUUGCUACUGAAAAUACAACAAUACCAAUGUUGGACAAUUCAACUCAUUCUAAAAUUGAGCAUGAAACCAUACCAGGAUUAAGUAGCUUACUGCCACCAACUAAUAUUAAUACAACUUCACCAAUAAAAGAUGUAAAUGGUACAGCAGUUACCCAAACUACUACUGCAGUUACAACCCUUAGUUCUGUACUGACAACAACACCAGCUACAAUACAACCCACAACGCACAUACUAAAUGAGGAGAAGGCUGCCACAGCAGGAGUUACAAUAGCAUUGAGUGUUAUUUUUGUUCUGCUAGUACUGAUAGCACUGGUCGUAGUCAUGUGGUACUUGUGGAAGCGUAACAAAAGAAAGACCGGAAGUAUCAACUCUCUACCUAUGGAAAAAUACACCAAUACAAAUUAUCUAGACAACAAAGCGCGGGCCAACCAUUCUUGGAAUCAAUCACUGAGUCAACUAACUACUGAUUCAACAUGUAAAGGUAAUCACUAUGGGUCACUUCCACCAGAGAAUGGAGCUGCGCAGUAUGUACAAGGAUCAAACAGAACAUCUGAUGAAGUACAGCCGGAAUCGCCAAGAGAAUUUGAUAAAAUGAAUAAAAGUGUGUUAUCAGAAGAUAAGUUAGCAUAUGAUAAUGAAAAUUUUGACAAGGAUGGAGAAGAAAGUCCUGGGGCUAACAGUCAGACACCAUUGUUUGACAUGAUUGAUGGGUCAGGAUUACCUAAUGUGGUGCCAAGUAUUGAAAGAUCUUCUUUAAAUAAAAUAAACGAAACAGAUCAGAAACAUAAAACUGGAGAGAAAUUACCUCCUGUAGAUAUGUCUAUUCGGACAAGUAAAUCUUCAAAUGAUGGAAUCAGAUCACCGAAGAAGAAAAAGCCGAUAUAUUUACAAAGAAAAUCAGCUCCGGUUAAAGGAAUAGAGGAUAUAUCGCAGGACAUGGCGGGAUAUAGGAAAAGCGUGUAAUAGUUAUGUAAUAGUUAUUUACUUAAUUUGCAAUUAGUUAGUUUUCUAGUCAAAUUUAUUUUAUGAUUAUAAAUUGACCAAUCACAAUCUGGCUGGGGAUUUUCACACUGUUAUGUUUACAAAAUUGAGAUCUAUAAAAUUACAGAAAUGGCAUUUCAGAAUUAUUCUGAAAAAUGUUCUUUUAGUAAUUUACUAAAAUUUUACAUAACAUUUUGAUUAGUAAUGACUACUGCAUUUAUUAUGUUUACAUUAUUUUUAAUGUACCGGUAAUAUAAAAUGAUACACAGAUAUUUUCAUGUAGAUUCAGGGAACUGGUAUGUUUCUCUGCCAUCUACUAGGGAAAUUGAAAAAAGUGAAAAUUUCUUCUAGAUCAUAUUUAUGAAAUAAGGUAUGAUACACAUGUAUAUAAUACAUGUAUUUUGUACAUAAUGUCAGACUACAGCAUACGUAUAUACACAUAUCAUAUCUUUAAUUCCAUUAAUAGCUUUCAAAGAACCUCUCUAAACAUCACUAUUAGUGUUAUGUAUUGUGUGGUUUUGUAAAGCUUUUUCCAAGAUAAGUUUCUGAAUAUAUUAUCCUAUGAUACUGUACAUACUAUUGUUCAUUGUUCUGUUUGAAGAGGCUUCUUGAGUACUUCAAUACUGAAAGUGAAUCUGUUACUUAUUGUAAGUGUUCUGCCAUUACAUCUGUUAUAUGUUUCAAUGGUGCUAAAUUGUAAUUGUUAGUGUUUAGUAUAGUAGUAGGUGGCAGAUGGUUAUACUGGUUAAAGUCAAGUUGUAUGAUUUUUGUUUAAAUAACAAUUUAAGAUGGGGGGAGAAAUGGUGGCCUCUUUGUUACAAUGAUUACAUUUAACCCUUAACCUGCUGUAAUUCUUUAAUGGACUUGUCCAGUUUCUAUUUUGGUAACUGUCCAUUAUCAAUUUAAGGGAUAACAGGUUGAAAAUCUGGCCUGUUUUUAUACAGGCGUCAAAAGCUUAUCACUUUAAGUUGCAACAAGAUCAGAGUUUAGGGUUUGUUGUUUGGAUUUCACAAAUGUUCACGAUCCUGUUUUCUUGUAAUGGCAUGAAGAUUGUGUAAGUCAAGGAAACUGUUUUAAGAGUGAAUUCAUGUAGUUCAAUAGCUUCGGUUUAAAACAAUUUUGAAGAAAUUAGUAAUAACUAUACAUGUAUGCCAUCUAUUGUUUGAAUAAUAAUAUUAUUUAAACUUAGUUAAUAUUUUUCCUGGUUUUAAAAUCACAAUAACUUGAAUGUGGAGUUGAAGAUUUAACCCAGGCCUAAAGUGAUACGUACUUGAAUUAUUCUUUUGUCAUGUUGAAAUAAAUUAAUAUUUGUUGGCAUGUGCCAAUUAAUUGAAUAUAGUCAUUAGCCCUUACCAUGCUUGAUAUAUAGAAUGGACUUGUCUCACUUACUAUGAGGAUCAAACCAUUUAUAAUGUUGGGGCAAGAUAUGUACUGAUGUUGGUCUGCACUGGUAGAACGGGUUCCAGGAGUUUUAAGUAUUAUGGUAUUAUAUAUGUUAAUAGUCCAUUGAUGUAUAUUGGUACCCAUCUUAUUCUGAAAUCCAGCUUUAUUAUACCCCCAA